AUGGCGAUAAAAACAUUUGAAAUAAUCGAAAUUGUUAAUAACUACUCCUUAUACUCUGCGAAAAUGUCUCUAAACAUCCCGGAAUGUCCACCAAGCCUUAAAAAUAUUCAGUGUUACCUUAAAACGGCGUCAGAACAUGAUUCUCGUGAUCCAGUUAUUGCCUAUUGGUGCCGUUUACAUGCAUUACAAGUUGGACUUAAGCUAACAACUAAGAAAACUCCUGAGGAAACUAAGGUAUUGAUGGCUAUUAUGGACUGGCUUGAAGAAGCAAAAAAAGUAAACAAGGAUAAUGAUGCUGUAUCAAAUGAAGUUGUGGCUCAAGCACACCUGGAGAAUUAUGCUCUUAAGCUGUUUUUGUUUGCUGACAAGCAAGAUAGAGAGCAAAAUUAUGGGAAGAAUGUAGUGAAAUCUUUCUUUUUGGCUGGAAUGAUAUAUGAUGUUCUUUCAACAUUCGGCGAACUCACUGAUGAGGCUGCUCAGAACAGAAAGUAUGCAAAAUGGCGAGCAGCACAUAUUCAUAGUUGUUUAAAGAAUGGAGAAAUGCCAGAGCCAGCACCACAAGUAACAGAUGGUGAGCAAAAUGAAGCCGGAUCAUCUAGUGACGGUGGUCUGACACCAGCAGCUGGACCAGCUGUUGCACCAACAAGCUUCCCACAAGAUUUUGGAUUUACAGACGGUGCACCAUCACAGCCUACCAUCCCCACAACCUACAGCAACUCUUUGCCUGAUCCCAAUGCAGCAAUGCGAGCGGCAUCUCAACUCCCACCUGUUCCGUAUACACCUGACCCGAAUCCUGGUGGUUUUGUGCCCUAUGACCCAUCGCAGCAGCCACAACCGACACCCUCUAGUACUUACUACGGUGACAAUUCAACAUCAGUUGCUCAGCUUAGUCCGGAACAAAUAGCUAAAGCCCAGAAAUACUGCAAAUGGGCAAGUAGUGCGUUGAACUACGAAGAUGCUAAAACUGCUAUUAGCAAUUUGAGGAAUGCUCUCGAACUGCUGCAAACCGGUCGUGAUCCAGCUUAA